AUGGCAGUCUUAUUCCUUCUCCUUCUGUUCCUAUGUGGGACCUCCCAGGCUACUGCAGACAGCAUCCAGGCCAUCUAUGUAACCUUGGGGGAGUCAGUGGAGCUGCCAUGUCCUUCACCACCCACCCUGCAUGGGGAUGAGCUCCUGUCCUGGUUCCGCAGCCCUGCAGCAGGCACCCCCACUGCCCUCGUGGCCCAAGUCCAAGUGGCCAAGCCAGACCCAGGCCCUGGAAAGCCUGGAAAGGAAUCCCGGCUCAAACUCCUGGGGAACUACUCUUUGUGGAUGGAAGGGUCCAAGGAGGGAGAUGCCGGGCGGUACUGGUGUGCUGUGCUAGGUCAGCACCACAGGUACCAGAACUGGAGGGUGUAUGAUGUCUCGGUGCUCAGAGGAUCCCAGUUAUCUGCAAGGGCUACAGAUGGAUCCCUCUGCUCUGUCCUCCUGUGCUCUGUGGUUCCCGCCAGACGCCUGGACUCUGUGACCUGGCUGGAGGGGAAGGGUCCUGUGAGGGGCCAUGUACAGUCCUUCUGGGGCGAUGGGGCUGCCCUGCUCUUGGUCUGUCCUGGGGAGGGGCUUCCUGAGCCCAAGCGCCGUAGACCAAGAACCAUCCGCUGCCUCGUGUCUCAGAACAGAGGGGUCAACUUUAGCCUGGCAGCCUCCAUGGAUGCCUCCCCUGCCCUCUGUGCCCCUUCCAGGGGCUGGGAUUUGUCCUGGAUCCUGAUGCUGGUGCUCACAGCGGGCCAGGGGUUUGCCAUCCUGGUCCUCAGCAUCAUGCUCUGGAGGCAGAGGGUCCAGAGGGCUCAGUGCAGAGAUGCCUCAAUUCCUCAGUUCAAACCCGAAAUCCAGGUCUAUGAGAACAUUCAUUUGGCCCAUCUCAGACUACCUGCCCCCAAGACCAGAUGAUCUCGGUGACAUCUGCUGGGAAGCAUGACCUGCUGUCUCUCUGGCCAUCUGGCACCUGAAGGAUUC